ACAGGAACUUCCAUAUUAUCUAAACAGGUUCAAAAUAAACCAAAAACUGGUCGAAGUUUAUUAGGAGGACCAGCUGCUCUUAGCCCAUUAACCCCAAGUUUUGGGAUUUUGCCAUUAGAAACCCCAAGUCCUGGAGAUGGAUCCUAUUUACAAAACUACACUAAUACACCUUCUGUAAUUGAUGUGCCAUCCACCGGAGCCCCUACAAAAAAGUCUGUUGCCAGAAUGGGCCAAACUGGAACAAAGUCUGUCUUCUCACAGAGUGGAAAUAGUCGCGAGGUCACUCCAAUUCUUGUUGCACAAACACAAAGUUCUGGCCCUCAAACAAGUACAACACCUCAGGUAUUGAGCCCCACUAUUACAUCUCCCCCAAAUGCACUGCCUCGAAGAAGUUCUCGACUUUUUACUAGUGACAGCUCUACAACCAAGGAGAAUAGCAAAAAAUUAAAAAUGAAGUUUCCACCUAAAAUCCCAAACAGAAAAACAAAAAGUAAAACUAAUAAAGGAGGAAUAACUCAACCUAACAUAAAUGAUAGCCUGGAAAUCACAAAAUUGGAUUCUUCCAUCAUUUCAGAAGGGAAAAUAUCCACAAUCACACCUCAGAUCCAAGCUUUUAAUCUACAAAAAGCAGCUGCAGAAGGUUUGAUGAGCCUUCUUCGUGAAAUGGGAAAAGGUUAUUUAGCUUUGUGUUCAUACAACUGCAAAGAAGCUAUAAAUAUUUUGAGCCACCUGCCUUCUCACCACUACAAUACUGGUUGGGUACUGUGCCAAAUUGGAAGGGCCUAUUUUGAACUUUCAGAAUACAUGCAAGCGGAAAGGAUAUUCUCAGAAGUUAGAAGAAUUGAGAAUUACAGAGUUGAAGGCAUGGAGAUCUACUCUACAACACUUUGGCAUCUUCAAAAAGAUGUUGCUCUUUCGGUUCUUUCAAAAGAUUUAACAGACAUGGAUAAAAAUUCACCAGAGGCCUGGUGUGCUGCGGGGAACUGUUUCAGUCUACAACGGGAACAUGAUAUUGCAAUUAAAUUCUUCCAGAGAGCUAUCCAGGUUGAUCCAAAUUAUGCUUAUGCCUAUACUCUUUUAGGGCACGAGUUUGUGUUAACUGAAGAACUCGAUAAAGCAUUAGCUUGUUUUCGAAAUGCUAUCAGAGUAAAUCCUCGACAUUAUAAUGCAUGGUAUGGUUUAGGAAUGAUUUAUUAUAAGCAAGAAAAAUUCAGCCUUGCAGAAAUGCAUUUCCAGAAAGCACUUGAUAUCAACCCUCAAAGUUCAGUUUUACUUUGCCACAUUGGCGUAGUUCAGCAUGCACUAAAAAAAUCUGAGAAGGCUUUGGAUACCCUAAACAAAGCCAUUGUUAUUGAUCCUAAGAACCCUCUAUGCAAAUUUCACAGAGCCUCGGUUUUAUUUGCAAAUGAAAAAUAUAAGUCUGCUUUGCAAGAACUUGAAGAAUUGAAACAAAUUGUUCCCAAAGAAUCCCUCGUUUACUUCUUAAUAGGAAAGGUUUACAAGAAGUUAGGUCAAACGCACCUCGCCCUGAUGAAUUUCUCUUGGGCUAUGGAUUUAGAUCCUAAAGGAGCCAAUAACCAGAUUAAAGAGGCAAUUGAUAAGCGCUACCUUCCAGAUGAUGAGGAGCCAAUAACCCAAGAAGAACAGAUCAUGGGAACUGAUGAAUCCCAGGAGAGCAGCAUGACCGAUGCAGAUGACACACAACUUCAUGCAGCUGAAAGUGAUGAAUUUUAACUUCUGGAACUCAGACUUUUACAAUUGGAUGUGUGACCAGUGCUGACAUGUUUAUUGUCCCUCCGUAUACUGAGUCUUCACUCUUGAGCCGGCAUUGUCAUCAUCCAUCAUUUAUACCAUGAGUGUGCCACUUUCAUUGGACCCUGACUGUAUACAGAAUGAAAGGCAGUGCAAUAUUUAGCUGCUAAGAAGACUGGCUCUUUUACCAGUAUGAAUGACAAUUUAGGGGGGGGUAGGUGGGGAACUUUCUUUUCUUUUUUCUUUAAUCUCCCUUAGUUGCAAAGCUAUCAUGGAAGGAAGAGUUAUGUUUUAUCUUGAAGGAACCAUUAGAUAUGGAAAAUAGUGAUGAACCAGAAUUUCUUGGUCGUUUUUCCAAAAAUUUGUUUUUAUUUGGUUCUGUUCCUGAUAAACAGUGACUGACCUUCAUUUCUAGGUUCUUCAAGAAUGGUGUUAGCAAGUGCCAGAUGGAACAAUAAAAGACAUUGCCUAUAACAGAGUAACUUGAUUGCCAAGGAAUGUAAAUUACCUUAAACUUGCAGUGUCUCCUAUGAACAAAUAUAAUGGGCAUAUUGGGACUGGUAUGUAGGAAUCAAAUAUCCCUCCAUACAAUGUACACUUAUUCUUGGCAAGAAUGCUUUAAUGUCUAACCAAGAAUUUUAAUUUAUUCAUCUUGCUUCAAAGUGUUGAUAAUUGUUGUCUUAGUAUUGCAAACUUUAAAAUUGGUCCUUACCAUAUUGCCUCAUCUCUUUGAGCUCUGUGGGAUCACCUUUAACAUUCAGAGAUGGUAGAGUGGUUCCCCACUGAAAAGCCAAAACAAGGCCCUUAAUGACCACUUAAGUUCACCAUGAGAAUCAAUAUAAGAACACUAAAGACAGACUUUAAGAGAUCAUGAUAGUGAAAGCCUUAAUACAAUCAUAAUUGUACCAUAACCUUGAAUAUACAUUUGUUCAAGACAGUGUCCCUUUGACUUUUCUAAGUGUUUAAGCAGAGUGCAAGAAUGUGUGGUUACCUUUGUUGAAAUCAUUUCCAUUCUUUUUAGCUCUCUGCUUCAGAUUAUUUUUGGUAAUAUGAGUCACCAAAACUUUUUACUAAGAGCAAUUGGGUUUAGAAUAUUGGAACUUUUUAGUUCAGGGGAACAAAAUUCUGAUGAAGGAGACAGGAUCUCUCCUGAGUUCAUCAUAACAUAGGUUUGUGUCUUUGGGAAAUGGCCACAAUUUUAAAGAUCUAAUUAUGCAUAUAAAAUGGGAAUUAUUGGAAUUUCACAGUAACAGAUUUAAACAAUCUUAAAUUGUGUAUCUCCUUUAUUGUAAUGUAUUGAAAUUUUUAGGGAAGCUUUAGUUGUUAACAUUUUAUUUAGUGCCAAUGUCAGAAUAUAACAAAUUAUAGUUUCUUAUAAAUGACAGGCCUACAGUUAUUAUUUUGGAUUAUUUGAUGAAGGACAAACUUACUUACUGGUUACCUGUAUUUGUUAGUCAAGCUGUGAAAAUAAGGUGGAUUACAAAAUAUGUGAAAAUAAUUUUAGCUUGUAAACUCAGUAAUUUUCUGUCAUAUACUAUUAAUCUCACCAAACAUGCAUUAGAUACCAUUAUAAAUUAAUUCAAGUCAAAAAUCUUGGAUUAGGUUUUAGGUGCGAGAGAAGCAUUUAAAAAAAUUUCCUACCUAAAUCUAUAUGUGCUGUCUAAAAAAAGUAAUUUAAAAGGAAAAGGAAAGGUUGGGAAUAAAUGAAUAUCAUUAAAAAUUCCCAAAGGCUAGCACUUGGAUUCUAACAAAUAUUUUAUUUUAUUAUCUAUUAGUUUUGUAAUGUUUAAUUUUAGAUUCUUUUUCUUUUUAUUGGCAAAUCAUAAGCCAGCUAUAUAAUAGUAUUAAAUGUAGAAUUUUAUAGAAGGCUUCAAUGUAAGUUCUAAGUUAGAAAGCCUGGAGAAAGCUAAGCUCAGAACAUAACUUGCUGAAAUAGAAUCUUUUUGUAGUAGGAAUUUAUGUACUGGGACAUAGAGACUCUCUGGUACUGAUUUUCAGAUGAAGAAUGAAAGGGUAGCUGUGGAAGGCAUGCCAUGGCAAUAGCUGGCUGAGGGACACUUUCAGUCCACAUGUGACCUGAUUUUAUUUUUCUUUAUGCUUACUUUUAAAGUAAUUUUGGUAUUCAAAGCCUUAUUUCCUACCUAGUAACUGUUUCUUGCUCUUUUCCUUCCUUCCUUCCUUUCUCUCUCACUUCCCAUAGAAUGGGGAUCAUACAACCAGAAGAAGAAAACAUUUUGGCCCAGCAAAAUGUUUGCUAUCAAUUUCAGAACUUACUUUGAAGGAAAUUAAAAAUACUAAGUACUUUGACACCCUUUUUUCUGUUUAUGCUUUUCUCACACAUUAUGCACACACUUUUAUUCACAAGUUAUGUUGUAGCAUCGGAUUUUUUUCCCCAUGGAAAUGGUUGCUACUCUGGAAUUUUAGAAGGUUGAAUAUUUUUUUCAAAUGAGCAAUGGUACUCAAAUAAUGAAAGGUGGUCCCUGCUUUUUCUGUAUUUCAUUACUUUAAAAGUUUUUAUUUUUUUUCCAAAAACUGCAAGUAACGUUUGAACCAUGCUGCUGUUGUACCUUAAACAAAAACUCAGUGAUAAACCAGUAUUUAGUCUAUUAAAAAUACUCUUUUGGAAGAAAACAGUUUCAGAGUCUCUGAUUAGCCAGAGUAUAGUGUGGGUCUUCACUGAGAAAUAUGUUGACCUGUUUUCUUUGUGAAAACCUGGGAAAAUGCAAGUGUGGGUGUGAUGUGUGUGUUCUAUUUGCAUUGAAACAAUGUAAUUCUGUCUUCUUUUUGCUUUUCCUGACUUAUUUCAGAAAUUGUACAGUCUUGGGGGGGAAAGGUCUUUUCUGUUAAUAUAUUUGCAGUUCAUUAAAGGAUAUGGAAAAUCCAAAUAAAUUACUUUUGAAAGCAA